GUGAUGUUGGCCGGAACGGCACCACGGAAAACAGAAACAAGCCAAACGGUCAGAGCCAUCAGUCCCGAUACGAUACAACACCAACAGUCCACCAGUAACAAGUGUGGCCUGAAGGCAGUACUUUUAUAGCCGCUGAAACAACAAGUACCUAACCGAACCGAGCUGAACCGAACUUUCGCUUUUACCGUUCGCCGUGUGUGUGAUUUUGGCCCGGUUACAUACAGCUGUGCGUGUGCUCCGUGUGUGUACUCUGUGUGUGUGUGUUGUGUAGAUGCAAAUCAAAGCGCAGCACACCUGAAAAGUAUGCUUUAAAUGUUAACUAUCGUGCGGGACAUUGAAGUUGUGUAUUCGAGACUCGUAACUCGUAACUCCGUACCACGCGCAACCUGUAACUCUGGAAAGUUUUUAUUUGGUCGCUCGGUACAUUUACAUAAGUGAACUUUGGCAUGCGCCCCACAUGAAGCCGCUGUAUAUAAUGACGAUCCAGCAACGCCACUAAGGACGACGACGGUAACGGCGACGACUACGACUUCGUUUGCACUGAAUAAUUAAUGCAAUCAGGCAAUUUGAACCCGUUUUAGUCGGAAGUUUUGGAUGUGUGCCUGCGUUAGCACGGUUUCAAAGCAUCUAAGUAUAAUAAGCGCUUUUUAAGACUCAAAUGCAAGGCUCUCUCUCUCACAAAUAUAAACUAAAGAUCAGACCAAUCCAAACCAAACCAAAACCAGGAACUGAAACAGGGAAGGAAGGAAGGAAGAAAAACUCUAUUUUUCGAUACUAUACUAUAUAUACUACGCCACUAAACAGAAUAUACUGACCACACAUAUUCCAAUCAUAAAUUAACGUGAUAAAAAUUCUUAGCUGCUGAAAGCCCAUUUCAAUUUUCGCAUAGCCUCCACACCGCACAGGGGCACGGGGCAUUAAACAGAGAGGGUGAUCAAGAGAGAGGAGAGGAAGAGAGAGAGAGAGAAUACUGUCUGCAGACCAAGCAAAAAAUUACUAAUAAUUUUCACAUUUAAACGACAACAAAGCAGACAAACAAACGUAGAAACAUAUGCUCAGAAAUCAAGCAACCCAUACAAAUAAAUAUGUAUAUGUACGGGUGUACAUCGCGUACGGGUGUUUAGCGGCGGCCAUAUGAGCAGACAGCUUGGCAAAAUAUAUUUCGAUUAAAAUAUAAACCAAAUUGGACUGGACAGAGCUUUGACACGAAAACUAAAUUGCCUGCCAAGUGUACCCGCCGUCGAAAUUCACACGGAGAAAGCAGCAGAGAUAGGAGCACCGAACGGGGGAGGAAGAAAGGGCCCCAAAAGGUUAUCGGCGGCAGAUAGCGCGGAUCCACUGAAAGAUGCGAUCCAAGAAAAGCGCAAAGAAAAACACUUGCAAAAAUUAGCAGCAACGCCGGCAGUGGCUGUGGCUGUGGCAGUGGCUGUAGCAGCAGCUGACGGACACCGGCAGCGGUCGGGAGGAGGCCGUGCAUCUAUAAAUAGGGGUCGAACACUUUGUGCGCGUGACAGCUGUGAAAGCGGCAGGGGCUGGCGGCUGAGGCAAUGCCAGCCAAAGCGAUGGCAACUAUGACGUCAUUGGCUGGAUAAGUGAUUGCGUUCGGCAACGUCACGGAUGCGGUAUAAACUGGUCCGGCCAGGCCAAUAAACCACAUAUCGCAUAUACACCCCGCGUCCCCGCGUAUAUGUACAUGGACCUGGCAUAAUGAGAGCGCCAAACAAAUGGGAAGAAAACGAAUGCCAAGCAGCGGCAUCAUCUGAAGCAGCAACCGCAGCAAUAGUGGCAAUAGCAAUAGCAACAUGCAAAGAGGCAGCCAGAGCAGCAGCAUCAGCAGCGCAGCAGGAGCAUCAAUAACAGUAGCAUCAGCAGCAGAGCAGCCAUGAGAAUCGCGAGAAAGCACAGCAAGAAGAAGGAGAGUCGUGGCGAAAAAGACAAAAGUUGCAAAAAUAUUUCAGUGCUCACAGCUGCUCUAGAAUCAGUUUAAAUUCAUCGUCGAUCGGCAGCAACGCAACGAGUGCUGUGGUUCACAGUUCCACAAAAUCGCGCGCUUCUCCAAUCUGUAUCGGUGUGUGUUUAUUUGUGCGCGUGUGUGUGUGUGUGUUUGUGUGUGUGUGUGAGUGUGAACAGAGGAAACGGAAGUGAAAGUUGAAUUGACAGUGUGUACACAACUACCACCACAACCAGCAGCAGCAGCAGCAGCAAGAGCAGCUGAAACGACUCCAACGAACAUUCAACGACACUAAACCCCAGCAUUAAAUUACCAAUAAAAUCAAGCCAAACGGCUGCAGAAAAACUGUGCGUAAAGUGUUAGCUUUAAAGAACCAAGCAGCUACCUUACUUGUGCUAAAUUCAAUUCUUAAACUGAACAGAACACGGAAAUGCCGACCAAAGAACAUCAAACCCAUGCAAUUGUGAUGUUUUGAGCAUUAACGAAAUCUUCAGUCUUCGAGCAUCGGAAUCAUGCAGCGAUCUAAAUGACAGCACGAACCUUAAAAUAAAUCAAAUUCGAACUCUCUUUGUGAUAGCCCCAGACUGUGGAAAGUACGUUACGUUAUCUUAGCCUCUAGUUAGUUACUAUUCUAUAUAUGAUUUUUUUUCGGCGACUCUCGCUACUGAGAGAACUCACAAGUGGGCAGAAUAACUGAGGAAACCCCCAACAAAAGACAGGACAAGUCAAACCAAACCCUAACUAAAACCGGAACGAACUUUUCGAAACUGAAUCCCCCCGCCGAGUGUUAUGUUUUCUGAACCCAACACGAUCCCAAUACGAUCCGAGAACUAGCUGAGAUAUACUUAGCGCAGUGUCACCAUGUCACAUGGGGGCCGUAAGGAAUGUACGUAAUAUAUCCCGCCGAUGAGCUCAUCUUGAUGACAUAUGGUUUCUUUGCGCCACGUGUGAAACCGCGACCCUCACUCGACUGCCUCCGAGAGCCGCUCGUCCCUAUCGAGUACCCAGAGAGAGGCGCCACUACAACCACAACCACAGCCGCAACCAAAAACUCAACCGCUGCGACAACCAGCAGCAGCAGAACCACCGCCUUCACCCCCACUCCAGUCCAGUAUCAGUUUGAGUUUCGUGCUCCCAGUCCAUCCGUAGGCAUCCAGCCGUCACCACCGGUUCACACUAGCUUUUUCAGCUUUGAGGAGCAACCAGCCCCGGUCCAGGGUCCCCCGCAGUCACAAAGCCUGCCGCCGACGCCCACCCGUCGCACAUCGCGCUCCUCGCUGACCCACUCGAAUCACAGCCACAGCUCCGGCAAGCGGGGCAGCGUGAGGAGCGGACGCCUGCCGCCUGCGUCCAUGUAUAAUGAUGCCAGCCAGAUGCAGGGGAACAGCGCCACUGGACCAGGACGAGCACCAUUCCAGCGCAGCAGCGCAGCCUAUGACGAGGAGGCGGGAGCCCUUGGCGGCGGCCUAGACUAUGCCGCUGGUCAGCUGGUCAGCCGGUCGCGAAGUCCCAGCAUCUUCCUGGAACCACCCACACCAGAUCCCACACAUGCCCACUUCGGACCAGGCUGGGGCCGGCCCAUGUCGCCGAUGGAUCUGCCGCCCGAGAAGUCGGUGCCAAGCAUCGGCGUGGGAUCUGGCACCAGUGCCGGUAGGUCUCCCACGAGCAAGUCCCGGCUGCGACCCAAGCUCCACCUGCCCUUGGGUCGACUCGGUCGCUCCACAUCGUCGGACACACGGGAGAGCAACCGAUUGCGUGAGGACGUUCACGUGCAUGUGGAGAACCCGGUGUUCAGCAGCGAGAACCUGCGCCAGAACAACUUCGAUGCAUUCUUCGAGGCCCGCGAGCCCGUCAUUAAGCUCCAGCCGCGCACCCCCAACACGGCGCCAGCUGAGGGGGGCCGUGGCUACUCGCCACCACUGGAGGGCCGCAGGGGUGUCUACGACUCGCCCCGGACGAGGAGUCCAGCUGGAAAGGACGGUGGUGGCGGUGGCCUCUUUGCCCGUUCGCCGCGUGAGGAUCGCGAUCGAAUGGCCAACGCUCGUUCUCGCAGUGCGGAUCAGUACGAUGGGGCAGCAGCAGGGGGAACGGGACUGGGACCGGGACCGGGACCAGGACCGGGACAGGGUGCGGGUGCUGUGGAAAGUGGAUCCAAAUCUGCGGGCGGUGGUGGCGGUGGUUCGGCCGGAGCGCACUCCAAAGAUUCUUCGGUAAAAUCUUCAAGUGGUCGAAGAAAUCGUAAGUUCUUUGGGUGGAGGGGGCCACGCGGUGGUUCCCUUAGCCCCCGGGCCGGCGGCAGCAUGGCGUCUUACAACGGCGUGCUCAAGGACUACAGCCACAGCAGCUUGAACGAGGCUUUCAAGUCCCAGAAUAGUGUCAACUUUAAGUUAAUUAAAACAGUUUCCGAUUUCAACGAAACACUUUCCCAAUUGUAUGAGGAACACGCAACUGCCCUACAAACUCUAGUGUCCAAUUAUCGCAAAAAGAAUGCUGAGCUACGCAAAGAGAGACCCGCCUGCCACUUGGCCAUAUUUCAGGCAUGGGAAACAUUCCUGCAGGAGGCCGAGACCGAUUCGCAGGCCUGCAACGAUGUGGCCAGUGUCCUCUCCCGACAGGUGUCGCGACCAAUGCUGGAUAAAUCCUUUCAUCGAAAAGUUCAAAGCCGUAAAAUAUUUACACACAGGGAGUCUUUUGAGACUAUUAUCGCAAAGACUGAAGAGAAGCUGUCAAAGUGCCGGAUGGACUACAAGCAGUGCCACAUGGCCCAUCGACAGAACCCCAGCCAGCACUCGCUCACCGAAUACAUUGACGCACACAAUGCGUACGUGCAGCAGCUGCAUGCCACGAAUGGCAUGCUGGAGGCCUACCACGGCGACACCCUGCCACACCUAAUGCAGGAGCUGGAGGAGAUACACAAUGACCUGUCCGGCAUUGUUUCCGAUUCGUUGCUGCAGGGAGCCGAUGUAAUUGCCAGCAAGGCCAGCGACCAGGCCAAGCGGUACAUCAGCCUGACCAACCAGUGCAGUGCGGUCUCGCCGCCGCAGGAUCUGGCCAACUUUGUGCGCCUCCUGGCCCAGCCAUCGCAGGCCCAGAAGGUUCCCCGGCGGCCCUUUGCUCCACCCCAAGGCGAGCCAGCCGAGGAGACGGGUGACCAUAAUGAGAUGACACCCAACUUGCGGAACGAGCUCGUCUUUGACCGCCACUCCACGCUGUCGCAGCGCUCGGCCCUGGAGUCACUGAAGCGUGAGGCCAUAGAAUUGGAAUUGCAGAUACGUCAGCUGCAGGACGCCAUCGAGGCACUGAAUCGGACACAGACUCGCGGCAUUGAGGGGCAGCUUUACAACAAGGUCAACGAGCUGCAGGAGGAUUUAUCCAUGAAGAAGUUUGACUUGCGCGCCAAGCAAAUUCAUUUGGCGGCCAUACGGGCUCAGAAGGAGCUGUUCGUGAGCAAAGUUGAGCCGACGUCGCCGCGCAACGAACGUAAAUUCUCCGCUGCCACAGCGCCAUCGAUGAAAACAAAGUGGCUGAAAGCAUUUAAGAGCCUAAAGCCUGCUGGUUCUGGUUCAGCACAACAAGCAGACAGCCAACCACCACCCCGACAAAAUCAAAUGUACCACGCUGUAUCAACCGUUUUGACUUUGAGGCGUAAUGGUGCCUCCAGCACGGCCUCAGAGCCGCUGCGCCCCAACCUGGACGGGAGCCAUCAUCUGCAGGAGUACACGUACAAGAAGAUAACGGCAUGCGAUGCCUGCUCUCAGAUACUCAGAGGCCACACCAGGCAGGGUCUACGCUGCCGCAUCUGCAAGCUGAAUGCCCACGGAGACUGUGCCCCGAAUCUGCCGCGCUGCCAGCCCAAGCAGAAGCUCCUGCGGCGUCAGAAGAGCACCUCGGAGCUGGAGAAUCGUGUUGAUUUCGAGGAGGAAACAGGCGCCGACAAAUCCGUCCAGGCGAAGGUGUUGGAUGGCAGCUUCGCUGGAGGUUCGAUACCCGGACCCGCAUUCACCGAGCGGGAGAUGGUGCCGGGCCCAAGGCCCGCGGAUAUACCCAUUGUCAGUGUCUCCGAGCUUGCUUUGCAGGAGCAGCAGCAGCAGCAGCAGCAGCAACAGCUACAACAACAAUAUCAGCAGCAGCAACGAAGUCUGGCAUCGGUGGCUCAGGCGGCAGCAGUACGGGCCGGACGGGGCGUGCGACCACCGCCCGUGGCCAUGCCCAUUCUGGGCGUGCAACUGCAGCAACAGGAGCUGCAGCAGCAACGUGGCGGCCUGCCAGUGCCCACCCAAGACAUAUCUAGUAGUUCAGCACCGCACUCACCGCGCCGCCAAAAGUUGAACUUACGCAUGAAAUCCUUGAGCCUGGACUCCCCCGAGUCGUCGGAGCUGCACGGCCAAUUCCGGCGACGUCCGCAGCUGCCGGUAGCGGGCGCAUCCACAUCAACGGCCCCCGGCUACUAUCACGGCGGAUCGGGCGGCCACCUGGAGCACAGCACUCCUCCAUCGAACAACAGCCGUCUGCACUCACCAUCGAGUCCCUCGCAUACGGGCCGCAAGCUGUUGUAUGCCACACGUGGCAUGCGUGGUGGCAGCGUCGAUUUGCCGGACGAAUUGGAGAAGUCACAGUCAUCGGCCAGCACUUCGCCAUGCCUCUCACCAAAAUCGCAUCGUCUGCUGCCCACCAACUUGUACGUCAUCCUCUACAACUUCAAGGCGCGGCAUUCCGACGAGCUGGACCUCAAGGCUGGCUACAAGGUGACUGUCAUUGACACAUCCGAUCCGGACUGGUGGAAGGGGAAGGUACUGGGACGCGUUGGUUUCUUUCCAUCCAAGUACUGUGUGCGUCUGAACGCCAGUGAGAAGCCACUGCAGGUGACCCACAAUCUGCAAGUGUCGGAUGGGGAGCGCAGCGAGAAAAUAACGCUCCUGAGGGAUCAGAUUGUCAUACAGGUCGGCGACGAAGUCAAUGGGAUGUGCAUGGUGCGCUCGGCCGACAGCCGCCAGGGCUACUGUCCGGUCAAGUAUCUGCAGGAGGUGUGACAGCCAGAAGAGCCCGAAGAUGAGCCGCCUGCCGAUGAGCGGAAUAGGCCGCAGAAAUCGGCCAUGCAAGCGACGACGUCGUCGUCGUCAAGGACAACGGACAAGACCAAGCGUAGGAUUAGAAUUGUAGUUAACGAUAAUAGCAGCUUAGCCGGAAGUAGUGUCGCACCUGCACCUGCACCACCACACACCACCACCACCGCCCAUUAUUCGAAUCACCAGAUCCCAAGGGAAGCGGAGGCCGAGACUAAGCGACUGAACAUCGAUUAUGGCGACGAGAGCAGCGCCGACUGGGAGAAGGACAAGGACGUACUCAUACUGUCCGGACGCCGGAACAAGAACGACAAGAACUGGGAGAACUGGGAGCGGAUCCGCGAGCAUAAGCUGGAGAAGAUGAAGAACAUAUGCUUCGAGAGCUACCGUCAAUCGAAGCGGGACAAGCUGCUGCAGGCCAAGCCCCGACCAAAGCAGCUCGACUCCACCUGGUACACGGACAACAUCUACUCGAAUCGCUCGGACGACAUGGAUGAGGACUAUGUACCCGACUGCAUCAAGUACGGCACCUACCGUGCUCUUCGCGACAUUAACGAGCUCGACGAGAAGUAUCCGGAGGAGGCAGGCGUCAAUCGGGAGCGGCGCGGCGAGGGCGAGGGUUCCCCGGGAUACGGGCUGCAUCGAUCCAAGAGCUGCAAGGAGUUCCAGUACCCCAAAUCGCAGAGCUGGUGCUUCGAGGGCAACGUGUUUGAGGGUGGCGGCGGCGUGCCCAGUGGAAGUGGCGCCGCUGCUCCGGCCACCACCUCGAUACUGAAAAACCGAUCGGGAGUGCCCAAGUCCUACUCGUUCAGUGCCAGCACCAAGACAAUGCCCUUCGACAUCAUCGACUACGAGCUGCCCCCCGCCUCGAACACGCGGCGCGAGAAGCGCGAAGCCUACAGGCGCAACAUGAACAUGCUGUACAGCAACAGCCUGGACGAGCGAACCCUGGCCCACAGGUGCUGCGCCCGGGACCAGUGCACCAGCGCCAGGUGCCUGCUGGACGAGAUCUAUCCGGGAUCGGGGGUGGCAGCCCGAUCGCGGGGUCGCGCCCCAUCGCAGCAGUUGCUGGCUGGCAGCAACAGGAAUCUGAGUCUGAAUGCAGCGGACUGGCUGUUCGAGGAGCGGGCAGAGGCCGAUCACCGGGCGGGGCGGGGUCCGAGGACGCCGGCCCCCACGGUGAUCUGUUGCUGUGCUGCGGACGAUUGUUGCUGCCACCGACAGCCACAGACCCAUCUGGUGGUUCGGCCGCGGUCGCGUGUCCACUGCCCCGGCCACCAUCCGGCGGCCGAGGAGGAGGAGCACAUGCACUGCCGCUACGACACCGAUCUGGAGCACUUCAUACGGGCGGAGCGCGAGCGACUGCUGCUGCAGGACAAGUUCCUGGACGAGGACGAACGCUACAUGGCCGCGGCACCUGCACCUGCGCCGCGCAGCCCAGCGCAUCGGUACCCCAGCUACCAGCGACCCACACGCAGCAAAUCGCUGCUGGAAAUGGAACCAGCCAAUCUGUACCACGACGACGACACUUGCUCGGACACAACCGAAAUCGAUCUGGAGGACUUCAACAUCGAUCUGGAGAAGUACUGGGAGCAGCUGGACAAGCCGCCCAGUCCCAUCAACAUGGACAUGCGGCGCAACAUGCAGAGCAGCCUCAAGGUGAAGAACGUCAACGUGAGGUGCUACAACAACGGACAGCCCAUCGACCUGCACGACCGGGAGCACGAGCGGCUAAUGAUCAAGAAGUCGCUGCUCGAGGGCAUGCCCUCGCCGCCGCAGCUGGACUCCAGCGAGUCCUCCAACAAUGCUGGAUAUCCUUUUUUUGAGAAUGGACCAGACAGCCCCUCCUUCCAUCAUAUCUCUGGGUCCGGACCGGGUCGGGCGCCCGCCUACGGACAUGCGCCGGGCUACGGGCACAAGAUCUAUCCGACUGCGGAUAUCCUGCCCUCGUACCAGUACAAUAACUUUUACCCCGAGCACAGCCACCCGACUGUGGGCAACGUGCUCACUCAGCAGCCCACAGCCGGCAUCCACCAUGCCUCCGCCGGCGGCCACUCGGCCCUGAGUCUGAUCAACAACAUCUUCUCCAUCUACAAGCCGAACAAGUACUCGCCGGAGAACUGCCAGAUGAACUACGAGAGCAAGCCGGAGCCGUGCAAGAAGAUGAACGUUCCCAGCACCCGGCGACCCCUUGGCGCGGCGGCCCCUCUCCAUCCCCACCCGCACGAGUACAUGCACUCAUCGAUGAAGCGGCCGCUGCUGGUGAGCGCCGACCAGCCCCACUUCAAGAUUAUCCCCGAGAAGACUGGCCUCAAGAUAUCCCCUCUGCUCAGCUACGAUGAGUACGGCGGAGGCGGAUGCGGUGGCGCAAGCAUCGACAAGUCGCAUCAUAGACUGAGCAGCACGGCACGGCCUCUGAUGCUUCCGCACUGAUGGUGCUGGACCUUUCCGUGGUAUGGUAAUGGCAACUAUUGUUAGUUAUGCUCCCAGCGACUGCCUGAACAGCUCUGCAGAAGACUAUCCAGAAGACUCGCGAAAAGCGGUCCUGAGUCCUGCCCCCAAAACAACUCCACUCCAUUGACAUUCCAGCUGGCUGGGGCUGUGGCUGUGGGCACAUCUGUUCUCAACCACCACCACCACUCGUCGUUGUCGUCGUCGUCCUCGUCGCCUUCGUUCAUCCGCACAGAUUGCUAUUGAUUCAGCAAUGGGAGCAGGGACCUUGUUCCAUUGAUUGAUUCAUCGUUGUCGCAGCAAUUGACACUCCAGCAAAAGCAAAAGCAAAAGGAAUCCAGGAACAACAACUACAGCCAUACCAUUGGAAAACAGCACAACAACAACAAACUACAAGAAAAACUAUAACAUGACCAAGAACUUAGUCAA